GCCAAUUGAACCUGUCGAUGUGAUUAGAAAUGUCAGUUUAUUUCUUACGUUCAAUCCUUGUUUUGCCCGUUAAUCUCGAAGCUACAACCAGUGUGCACAAUCAGCGCCUACAUGGCGAUGCAUUUCCUUUUGUUCAGCUAGCUUAAUGUGUUGAAAUGCACGAGUCAAAUCCUCAGAAAUGUUACUCAUUUAACACAAACAGUUACUGAACGUAUCUAUUAACGUUGGCUACCCGGCUGUUUACCAUGUUAGACUCUCUGUAGACACACAUUCCCCACGACACUCGACACGUAAACAUUUAGUCAGCUAGUCUUUCUAAAGUUACACAUGUUUUGCGAUACGGUUAGCUGUGUAAAUAUAUAACCUGUAACGCUAGUCUAUAUUAGCAUUGAGCUACGUUAGCUAGCAUUGCAUGUUGUUUACAUCCGGUACUGCCGGUCUGUUGGCUCAUUUGCAUGGCUGUGGUUGACAUAGCUCAGGGCAGCAGACCUGCUGAGUAACAUUAAAUCAACUUAACACUAUUUUAAUUCAUAUUUAUUAAGGUUAGAGAAUAAUUUGAGCGUGGCAGCUGGUCAUAUUGGCUAACUGAACUGUCUUGUGUCUCGCAGGGUUGUGUGACUUUAUGGAAACAUGUCAAAGAAACGGGGCAGGAAGCGUAGCAGUGGAGAGCUGAGUGAGAGCUCGGCGGCAACCCUGAGCCCAGACCCUGACAACCUGCUCGGCCGAAGGAUUCAGCACAGCUGGAGGGAGAAGGGUAACGUGACCAAGUGGAAAGGCACCGUUCUGGAGCGCCUGACUGUGAACAGCUCCCUCUACAUGGUCAAAUAUGAUGGCUUUGACUGUGUGUAUGGCAUCGAGCUCUUCAAAGACAACCGGGUGUCCAACCUGCAGGUGUUGACAGAGAAAGUCGUGAACAAUAAGAUCAAGGUGCCUCCCGGGGCGGAGGAGCUGGUGGGCCGGGCUGUGGAGCAUCUGUUUGAGAAGGAGGAUGGUGAGAAAAACGAGUGGCGAGGCAUGGUGCUGUCCCGAGCCCCCAUCAUGACCCACUGGUACUACAUCACCUACGAGAAGGACCCGGUGCUCUAUAUGUACCAGCUGUGGGACGACUAUAAGGACGGAGAUCUACGUGUCCUGCCCGAAUCGGAGAACAAACACCUGCUGCCAGCAGACAGGAAGCCAGGUGAGGAGCCAGAGAGCCUUGUGGGUAAACAGGUGGAGUACGUCACGGAUAACGGUCUGAAGAGGACGGGCUUGGUCAGCUACCAGGUCCCAGCCAAGCCCACGGUGUACUACAUCAAAUAUGACGAUGACGUUCACAUCCACGUCUAUGAUCUGGUGAAGACCACCUAGUAGUGACUGUCCCGGAUCAUCUACAGCUGACGGCUCAUCUGUGACCCGACCAGUCGUUACCUGUGAAAGUGUUACAGAUUUUAGUUUUCCUCCAGCGGGAGGCGUGUGCCGAAGAUUGAAAGCCUUGUUUUUUGUUUUGUUUUUUUGGCCUCCACUGGCUUCUUUCAUUCUCACAUCUUCAGACAUUUUGUUUUUUUGAUUCUGAGUGUUUUAAGGCACAAUGAGUACGAUUUGUCGGUUGCGGUUUGUAAACAACAUUAAACGUUGGCCUCUCCUCCCUGGCUCAACAAGGGUUGUGGUGCUUACCAGAUUCACUCGCCUUUUUAAAACGUCUUUGUUCUCUUCGUAUUUCGCAUCACUAUUUUGCGGGGGGGGCGGGUUUCGGCGCUGUGUCUGCCAUUUUUGUAGCUGCUUCCUGGUUGCGUGCUUACGAUCUGGCACCUGGUCGGUAUGUUUUUAUUGAGGUUGAUGCCCAGAAAGGUCCCAACAUGAAAAGCAAAGAGAAAAUACAGGCAAAGGGAAGCAGGGUCUCUGCAGAUACAGACACUGCCACACACUCCUCAUGGGUCAUAGGGUGAUGAUUGUGAGGGAUUGUUUUUGUUUGAGUCCAUACAUCAUGUUUUCGGAAUAUCCUACUCAUUGUGCUUUUAAGUUGACCUUAAUGUAUGACUUUUAAGUCCUUUUCAAUGUAAAUAAAGCAGAUGAAAUGGAACUUUUGUUUUGGUUAAAUCAAACUUGUAUAUUGCAACUUUCAAACUCCAAAAUCAUACCUUUUGUAAGCUACACAUCGAACUAAAAAUAAUUCAGCUUUCUUACCUUUACCUCUGUGUUUUACUCGUAUUUCAUUUCACUUUUAUAUGUCUGUGCUAUUUAUUUCUCCUGGAAUAUCCGGCUGUGCUGCCGGUAACUUGUUGUUAAAACUUGCCUGCUGUGCUUUACGUGCAUCACUGGGUAGGUCCCAGUUUGACCAGUGUGCUAAUUUCACCACCACAGUGAAGUGUUUAGGCAUUGAUGCGUCUUGACCGUCUCACAUCAUGGAUAUCAAACACAGAUCAUUAUAAAAAGUCAUUCAUCAUAUUUCUGUUUCAUCAUGUAAAUUGCAAGUUUUCUACAUUAUGAUAAUAUAUAAAAAAUACUGACGUUGAUGUUGAGUUGUUUCAACUGUGUUUGUGUGUUUGUGCUACACACUAUUUAUGUAGUUGAAAUUGGCUCCCAACAUUGUUUGGAAUUUUGGACUCUGACGUCUCUAUUAUUUACCAAAAAAUGAAUGCUGUGAUACAAAAUAUUCAAGCCCCAAAAUAUUGUUCAUUGUGACCCUAAAUAUGUUUUCUCCUGUUCUGUAUAUAUAAUUGGAGACAUUUUUAUGAACUUGAAACAAAGCUGCUUGAAAAUUA